GUUUGUGCCACAUAUCCGUUUCCAAACGGUAACUUUGUACAGUCAGACUGUGCCGCAGACCGAGUCCAGUGGGUAGGACUGCGCUCUUCGGCUUCAGGAUGUUUCCCCGGGACUCUUAUUCGAUAUAUGGAUAUCGUCUGGUGGAGAAUUACCACAGACUUUGGAAAUAAGUGUUUUUGAGAAACUUUGGUGGCUCUGUAGCUAAUGAAGAAUAGCUAGUUAAGCGAACCGUGGUGAAGAUUAGCCAACUAAGCUAACAACCAUAUUCAAUGAGAGGAGUGUGCUAUUCUGCAUGCUUAUUGAACCCACACUACCAUUAGCUUUUUGACAAUGGUGUAGUUUAAUAUAGCCAGCUUGUUUAGCUUGAUACCUCUGUUGGGCUUUGAGAAGCUGCUACAUACAGUAGCAUGGAUAACAAUAAGCAUAAUUUGUAUUGGGGGCUGUUAUCAGUCGUGGGUGACUGCCUUCAUUGAUGUCGCCGUUCCCUUUACAAACAGCUACUAUGAGGUUGCCAGGAAAUUUCUCAGAGGAGGUGUGCUAAGCUGUGAUCAUCGUUUUCGUUUGCAAAGAAUGUCCGACUCGGAAAGUUUCAGUUCGUAUUUUGGUUUGGAGGAUCCGCAGUGGCUGUGCAUGGUCACACUGUUCAUUGCAUCCCUGGUUACUCUGGUACUGUAUUUCGUACAGUAUUUCCAACAUGGGAUUGUAGGAAAUAAGCGGAGAGCAGCAGAGGACAAUGCGGCGAAGGAGGAGGAAGCCGCCGCUUUGCUGGGAUGGGCGCUGUCAAUGAAAAGCUGGAAAAGUCAGUGGAGAGGAGCGUGGUUCAGGGCUUUGAAUGACGAGUCGAGGAAGCGAGAGGGUGGUGUUCUGUUGACAUUUGAAGAAGAUGGUCUGGAGGCAUCAGAACUCAUGCUCAGCCAAGUAUCCAGCUUUCAGAAGUCUGCCAAAAACAAGGCGGCUUGCUGCAGUGUGGUUGGGGAGAAGCUUCAGUUCUCUCUGAGUGCAGCUUCAACAGCCAUGGCAGCAGCAGAUCCUUGUAAAUACACAGUCUGUAUAGCUCCACUGGAGCUGCAGCUUCAUCUGCACAUGCAAGAAGCUGAAGAUGAGGUCAAGGUGAGCUGGGGAGUGUCUCACCUGGAGACAGGGGAGUUGCAGGUGACCCCCACAUUCGCCCAGGACAAUGCUAACAGUUGCAGUGUAGCUGCCAUAAAGGAGCAGUUGAGACAACUGUUGUGUGCGAUUCGUCCCUCUGUUUUGCUGAGCUGCAGGCCUGCUCAGGCCUCAGAGGUCAAGGAAGCACACAACAAAGUGGUAUCACCCCCAAAGCCCCCCCGUGCCCACGACUGGAAGCUGCUAGUAAAAAACAUCCGAGUCACACUUAAUCAGGAGGAAGAUGCUGCAGGCAGCAUGAAUCCUCUGUGUGUGCUCCAGUUAGAUGAUCCUCCACAGAAGUUUCACACCUCUGUUUUGAAGAACACAACCAGUCCUGCCUGGGACCAGCCAUUUAUCUUUGAACUGAAUGGACGAUCAAAAGAGCUCAAUAUUCAGUUGGUGAACGAUGGACAACCUCAAGAGAAUUCCUCACUAGGUCAGGUUUCAGUGCCUUUUGAUCUUGUAAAGAAGCAGCCCAAAGGACAGCAAACAUUUGCACUCAUGACCAAAGACAUCGUUACUGGAUCACUUACUACUGACUUUACCUACAUGGAGCCCAGUGAGGUGAGGUCCUGGCACCCUCCUACCCCAGCCUCCAGUAAGAGGGUGGAGAUGGACCGUACAGUCAUGCCCUGUGGCACCGUGGUCACCACCAUUACAGCGGUGAAGAGCAAGCCAGGUCGACCACUCCCACCGAGCAUAGAUCCUGCCCAAAAAGCGGUGGUCAACAAGCCCAAGCUCGCAGAGCGUCGUGUUUCAGAGCAGGUGUCUAUGCUGGGAGGAACCGUCAGUAAGGCCCUGUCCUCCUCUGACACUGAGCUGCUGAUGCUCAAUGGAACAGACCCAGUGGCUGAAGCAGCAAUCAAACAGCUCCACCAGUCUGCCAAGCAGAAGCUCAAGUCCCCAGUGAAGAAGAGCACCAUCAUCAUCUCAGGCAUAGCAAAAACGCCCCUGUCUCAGGAUGAUGAACUGGCUCUGAUGGCGGGCUAUGCUGCAGCGAUGGAUGCCUCGAUGUCAGAGGGCAGCUCUACUCAGGACAUGACCACAGCAAUUGCGUCAGGGACCAGUAGCCUGCCAGAGGUGUCUGAACCCCAGGAAGGCCCCAGUGGAAUAGGCCGGCCUCCAGAAGACUGGGAGAGCCAAACCGGAGAGGAACUAGACCAUACCUCGCUUUCCAUGUGUGUGUCUGAGGCGAGCUGCAAGAAGAGCAGAGGCAGCUUCCUACAGAAGAGUGCGAAGCUCUUCUUCCGGCGGCGUCACCAGCGCAAAGACCCGGGGAUGAGCCAGUCACACAAUGACCUGGUGUACCUGGAGUCUCCGGCCGCCGUGGAGCGAGCCAGCCGAACAGCCACACUUAGCCGCAUGCUCAACCGCAAGAGUAAGAAUAAGAGCAAAGCCAACGGCUCUACCUCCAUGGGGGAGCCACAUGCGUGACCUCCCCGUCCUCCUUGCCCUUCACCUCAGUCCCUCCCACAACAGCUACCAUCAUCACCUCCACCUCAGAGAUGCACUGGCUAACACCCUGACUAACCUGCUCCCCCUAACGCCCGACUUGCAUACUGGGGCUCCUGUGUUUUGAAAGGGAAGGCAGUGCAGGUGGAAAAAUAUCUUCUUUUACAGCUGUAUCCUGCUUAAGUGCUUCUCAUAUGAAGCAGACAUUCCACUGAAAGUGUGUGCAUGUGUGGAUGAAGGUAUCCUGUCCUGGAUUGAUGGAAUUUCAGAGGAUAUUAUUUUGCAUGUUUCUUUGUAUUUGAUUUUAUGCAACAUUUUGAAAUCUUUAAGUGCUUUUAUGGCCUUAGUACGACCUGAAGGGACUGAUAUGGGCCGCUGCUUUACCUCACCAACGCUGAGGGCAACCAGAAAACUCUCCCUGCUGUAAACCGUGAAUUUCCUGCGGUGGAUCAACAGGACCAAAGAUGAAGAGCAGAGUGGUGUUUGUAUGAUUUGCACAACUCUAGUACCUUUGAUUUAAAGUGCAAUGACAGGAGCUACUCUUGUGAUAGAGACUCUUCUGUAUUUCUUCAUGUUAAAUAGAAAUGUUCACAAAGGGAGAUGAUCUUUUCUUUGCACAUAUGGUCCAUGUGGGAGAAUAAUACGACUACUUUUUGACACUAAUAUUAUGAAAUAAUUUGUCUGAAAUCUUUCCAAAUUUAUCCCAAACAAAACUAGAUUAAGUAUGUAAUGUGCAUAUGAAAGCUGUAAAGCCGAGCUAUUCAAAAUAUGAUUUAUAGCUAACAAAGACAGUAAAUUGAGUUGUUUGGCAUGUACAGAGAUCAUGUUAUCGUCCUUCUCCGGCUGUUUAAAUAAGGUAACACCCUUCUAAAUGUGCAGCAGGCCAUUCUGUGCUUCUUGCAGUGCUUUCAAAUGAUAUGCAACUUUCUCCUUGUCUUCCUAAAAGAUUCCUCCUGUACACUAACGUUAUCGGCAGGGUUGUUAAUGUGUCAGACGGGAACUGAAUGAACCUUUAUCCAGGGACUGUGAUGUUACACGCAGCCAUACAUGCCGCAUUGAUGAAACUUAUUCUGCGCUUAUUUCACUCCUGCAUUACAUUAUCUGAAUGGAACAAACAUUUUUUUUUCUGUCAUUUAAUGUUUUAUUGUUUUUCAACGAUGUAGUUUUGAACAAAACAAAGUGUGAACACCUUUUGGGAGCAACCAAACUCAUGGGCUGCUUUUUUUUUAAAAUCCAGCUAAUGAUUGUAUUUUUUUGUGAGCAGCUUAUUUCUGUACUUCAUGUUAACUACUGUUCAUCAAUAAGUUAUUCUGCUCAGAGAACUGAUGCAGCACGGUGAUAGACAGAACCAACAGGUUGCCUUACAGUUAUUCUGAGGAUGAUGUCGCAGCUGCUCGAGGCUUUUUUCCCCCCCUCAACUUGACAGGACUUUUAGGUCCAGACGCUGCACCUGCUGUCGAAGGAGGACUAAGAGACUGUAGUGAACUGUUGGAAUGGCUCUGAUAGACAAACAUACCACUGUGCUCCUGCAUCAUCAGCAGCGUCUAUAAUCAAGAAGCCUAUGCACAUAACAUAUCUGAUAACCGAGUGUUUACAUUAUUAGACUAUCUGAGAAUUAAAAACACUCACUUGUGACAACACUCUUCUGCA